GCUAAUAAAUAUGGAUAAAAAUAAUAAGUCUCGCUUUGAGAGCUCUGUAACUUCAUCUCAAAAAGACAAAUUAGGCAAUAUGAAUCUUGAAGAACGUCUUAAACGACAUGAGGAUGACUUAAGAGGUGAAUUAGAUACUAAGAUUUCUGCUUUAUGUGCAAAGCGUGAAAGCGUUAUAGCUUUAACGCUUCGUAAAAUAAAAUUAACGAAGAAUGUAGACUUUUGCUUCAUUCUAACUGUACCGGUUCUAUGA